GAGAUUAGCUCUCCCGUGGAUUAUUAGGGUGAAACUAAAGCGGACAGAUACACCCGGUGAAACGAUGACACGUCAGUGGCUUUAUACAGCCACAUUCACUAACUUUAACAAGUGAUGUUAUUAUAAAGAAAGGCGUUUUCAAUAACCCCAGGCUAAUAUAAUGAAGCGUCCCAGAUAUUAACAGUAACGCGUCGCUGUAAGCCGCUUUAAGACUGCGCGCAGGUGGAUGGAAAUAGAAGCACUCGAGCUGAGCUGAGAUGAGAUGCGGACCUGAGAGAAAACUUUUGCAUCAAACAGCGAAGAAUGAACAGCGAUGAUUUUAGAGCCUACUUUGACCGUCUUUUCUCCUUUAAAAGGCAGAAAAUAACGGGACGCAGUUCCAAAGCGCUUCGGAGUUCAGCGGAACUUUCGGAGUUUUCAGAAACGCGCAAAUAAUGGCAAAGAAGAAACGGGUUUUAUCGGUCAGUUUUCUCAAGGGUUUCCCAGAUGACAGGUUAUUGUAGAGGCAGACAUGCCAGCCAACCUCACCGUCUCCAGCCACACCACCAACUACAACUUCCCAGCACUCAUCUUCGGGAUAGUAUUGAUCAUCAUCAUCAUCUGCGGGAACGUGCUGGUGUGUCUGAGCGUGUACACGGAGAAAGCGCUCAAAACCACUACCAACUACUUCAUAGUCAGCUUGGCUGUUGCUGAUCUGUUGCUGGCUGUUCUGGUCUUACCACUGUUCGUGUAUGCAGAGUUCCAGGAUGGGGUUUGGUCCCUCAAUAUGACCGUAUGUGAUGGACUGAUGACCAUGGAUGUGAUGUUAUGCACCGCCUCUAUAUUUAACCUCUGCGCCAUCAGCAUAGACAGGUUCAUCGCAGUCUCCAUUCCUCUUAACUACAACCGCAAACACGUGGACCAGCGACAGAUUGUCCUGCUUUCAGCCACAUGGAUCCUGGCCUUGGCUGUGGCUUCCCCCGUGAUGUUCGGGAUCAACAACGUCCCCAACCGGGACCACAGCGAAUGCAAGCUGGAGGACAACAACUACGUGGUGUACUCCUCCGUCUGUUCCUUUUUCGUGCCGUGCCCCAUCAUGCUCUUGCUGUACUGCGGGAUGUUCCGGGGCCUGAGGAAAUGGGAGGAGGCGAGGAAGGCCAAACUGAGGAGCAGCAUGCAGGCCAGCAGAAAGCUUCAGGAGGCCGCCGCGUCCCUGCAGCCGCUGUCUGGCCUGCCGCCUCCUCUGCCCCCCGUGAUCGAGAAAGAUUUGAGUGACAUUACCUUAGAAGAGCUGGAGCACGAUAACUUCCCCGAACCUGACAGCCCGGGUCCCGUGUCCAUGCUCCCACACCCCGGCGGGAGCCAGAACCGGCGAAGGAAGAGAGCGAAAAUAAACGGGAGGGAGAGGAAAGCCAUGAAGGUGCUUCCUGUUGUAGUAGGUGUCUUCCUGUUCUGCUGGACACCAUUCUUCGUAGUGCACACGAUGAGGGCUCUCUGUGAAGACUGCUACAUCCCCAGCAGCGUCAGCAGCAUCGUGACCUGGUUAGGAUACGUCAACAGUGCCCUCAACCCGAUCAUCUACACCGUCUUCAACACAGAGUUCAGGAAGUUCUUCCGGAAGUUCUUGCCGACUCUGCCCAACUGCUGCUAGCCUGAACAUGCUCUCUGCUAACGGUUUAUGAACAAAACAAGCCCAAAAGUAUAAGUGAACCAGACAAAUAAUGCUUACAUGUAAAUAUAGCAUGAAACAAAUGUAUGGUUAUAAUAAGAUGUUUGCUGCCAUUACGUUUUUAUUUUAUGGUUUAAUUUCAAAUGUUUAUAAGCAAACAAGAUAAAUUUGCAUAAAUCUUGCAUUAAUUAAUCGUACAUAAACUGUGGGAUUUCAUUAAAUUAAAACAUAUUAUUUUGGGAUCAUUCUUAUCGUGUGUGUACACCAAAAGCGAAGUGAAUAUUCACACUGUGUUAAUUAAUCUAGAUUACCUUUGCAUUUUUCGCGUCACUUGUGUGAAUAAAAAAAAUAAUAAAAAAAAUCACUCAUGCUCUCUAUUUUCAGUUACAAUAAGCGUGUCAACAAGCUCUUCUUCACUGAUUGGCUUGCGUGGCAAUACGUCAUACGCUAAUUUUCCUGUUCAAAUAAAAAAAUUCUACUUGCGCGAAGGGCACGAUUGCGCAUAUUCACUACAUUCGCGUACCCAAUUUGUGUAAUUUGCGCCGCCCAGCAAGAAUUUGCUAUUCAGAUCUUUUCAUUGACUUUGAAUGUAAUUGCACAUUUGAACAAAUUAGCUUUUGCCGAGCACACACCAUUAUAAUGACAGUGUUUAAUUAAAUUUCUUUGUAAAAAAAAAUUCUUGAAAAUUGUUAAUCAUUUUACAUAAAUUGUGGCGUUCUUCAUACAUAAUUUGCAUGUAAAUAGUUCAGAAAAACUAGUGCUUACAUACAUUUUUACAAUCAUUAAAUGCAUGCAUGUAAUUGAAAUGCACGUAAAUUGUUUGUACAAAUCAUUCUUAAAUGGACUGGACUACUACAAUGUUUACAUUCGAGAACAGUGAAGAAACAUCAAGUAAUGCAAAAAUACAUAGAGAAUGCUGAAAUUUUCAGAAAGAUCUUGUUUCUGAGGUGUUGUUAUCGAUUCUGACAGUUUAAGUAAAAAUGCCUUUAUGAACAAUUUCAAAUAUUUAAUUCGGUUUGUGUUUUAUAAACGAGGCGCAGUUUAUGCUUUGAAGCUUCUAUGACAGGAGUGUCUGUGGAACGGUCUGCCAUCUACAGUGACCUCGCUUUGCCAUUACUGUUCUCAUGUGAUACACGAAGAAGCUAGUCCUGCGGCCCAUAAGACUACAAGUCAAAGACGCUCAUUUGACUCUCAUCUGAGAAAAUAAAUGUUUUCCACAGAAAAGAACUACUUUGCGAUGAUGUCCAAAAGAACUAAAAAGACCAUGACUAUGAGCAUUACUAAAGAAGAAUGUUGAAAAAAAAACCGAACAGAAUAACAUCAAAUGUAUUAAUGCUGACGUGGACAACUUUUGAGACAAUAGCUGAAGUGAAUCAGCAAACUACAUGAAUGAAUAUCCAAUGUGGAGAUCAAAACUAAAUCAAUGCAAUCAAAAUUGGUGAAUCUGCAAACAGAAACUGAUUCAGGACGUUUUUGUAUAAUUCUGAAGAACUUUACUGUCAACUUGUUUGAAUGCUGGGGUAAAUAAAUGUAGGUUAGAUUUUCGCUGGCAAUUGUUUUCAUGCCUUUCCUGUUAUUUGUACUCUUCAGGUCAAACAGUGUAAAUUAAAAUCUGAGUAAACCCGGUUAAAUAA